UUCCCGUCGGAAACACGCCUCUUUUAUGACGUUGAUGUCGUUGGCUGGCGAGUGCAGUGUGUCGAUAAAAUAUGGCGCCGCCUAAGAGUAGCAACGUGACUUCAGACAAAUCAAAGAAUUCCAAAAAUACAACUAAAACCGACAUUAAUACUAAAGCUGAUCUUAUUAUUCAGAAUCGUAAAUGUGCCAAUGACAUCUUCGACAUUUUUGAGCAUUUACAGGCAGAGAAAGACAGAGAUGUUAUCUGCGCGAUUGGAGCCUGCAGCCGGAUAUUUUGCGCGCUCAUGGGUCGGGGUGACCUGUUUGUGGGUCCGCUGCCAGAGGAGGACAGCCUGCUGACCGUGACAGGAAAACAUAGCGCUGAUGAGAAGUAUGGCAUCUUCAUGCGGCAUCGGUACAACGACUGUGUCAAGCUUCUGCUGGAGCUGAUGGCUAACAGUAACCACCAGGUCAAGGAGGGUGCUCUGUGCACCCUGAUGAAGUUUGUUUCUGCGGAAGGACAGCGCCCCCUCAGCUCUGUGGACUGGGACUGUCACUACAACUUCCCCCGGGAGACGCUGAAGGCUGUGGUGUGCGGGCUCCUUUCAGAGAAAGAGGACAUGGCUCUGCUGAUCUCCAGGUUCCAGGAGUUCCUGGAGAUGGACGAUGUGCGGUAUUAUGUAAUGGGCCUGGUCAGCGACAGCGUGGGUCGGGUUACGGCCCGGGCCAAGGAGGUGCUUCUUCCCAUCUACCAAAACAACGUGUUCGCUUUGCUCUCCAACAUCAACAUGCCAAGCCAGGAGUCUGAGCUCACCAACUUCCUGAUCCAGAUGGACGGUGAUCGAGGAGACUGGAAACCAGCAAAACUCAAGGACCACAGGCGUGCCUUUGAGAGGAUGUGGCUGGGAUUUCUCAAGCACAAGCUGCCCAGUAACAUGUAUAAGAAGAUCCUGGUGGUCCUCCAUGAGUCCAUCCUCCCCCACCUGAGCCAGCCAACCCUAAUGAUAGACUUCCUCACUGCAGCUUAUGACAUUGGGGGUGCCAUCAGUCUUCUGGCACUGAAUGGACUUUUUGUGCUUAUCCACCAGCACAACCUAGACUAUCCGGAUUUUUAUAAGAAGCUGUACAACCUUCUAGACUCAUCGGUGUUUCACGCGAAAUACAGAGCGCGCUUCUUCCACCUGGCUGAUCUCUUCCUCUCCUCCAGCCAUCUACCCGUCUACCUGGUUGCAGCGUUUGCCAAGCGGUUGUCACGACUGGCACUAACAGCGCCCCCUGCUGCCCUGUUCAUGAUCCUGCCCUUCAUCUACAACCUGAUUCGGCGUCAUCCUGCCUGUCGGGUCUUGAUUCACCGACCGGAUGCCCCUAAUGAGCCCUUUGAUGAUCCUUACCUGAUGGAGGAGGAUGACCCCGCCCUCUGUCAUGCCCUCGACAGCAGCCUGUGGGAGCUGCAGACCCUCCAGAAACACUACCACCCAGAUGUGUCCAAAACUGCCACGGUGAUCAACAGGCCUCUUUCAGAGCAGGAGGACGACAUCAGCGAGCUUCUCGAGUUCUCGACAUAUGAGCUCUUUGAACGGGAUCUGCAGCAGCUGCAGAAGCAGCCAGUAGCCCUGGAGUAUGAAGGAGUCUCACAGCUGCUGGAGGGGUCUGGGAAGGUUCUGGGUGGUUUUUUUUCCUUGGAGUGAGAAUGUAAAUGGACAGGGUGCAUUAUCUAAAGAUGAUGUUCCCCUGGUACUGGAGCUUGUAUAAAUUUACAAAUGUAAUCCUAUGAUUUUUUUUAAAUAAAAUUUAAAAGAUUUUCCCAUGAAA